AUGAGUUGCUGCCUGGGCUACCGCAGACACACAUUUUUGAAGCCCCAUAUCCCUUUUCUAAUGGUAUUCGGUUUCAAAGUCCUUUCGGCACUUGCCUGCAUAGCUUUGGCAAGUGCUGUGGAGAUUACCACUAAUACAAUUAAGAGAGGAACAAUAUCAUUGAGUGUUGGUGACUACACCAUUGACGAAGGUGUUUACUUGUCUAUCAUUAAUAAUGCCGAUUCCGCCUUUCUUGGGCUGUUCACCAAUAAAGGUGGGUUUUAUAUCACUUCGGACAGUUCUUUAAUUGCCUUGACGGCAUCCGUUUAUACCUUGACUGGUACCAUCGAUAAUAGUGGAAUUUGGUCUUGGAAUUCCGUUGAGUCCUUAACUACUCCCGAUUUUGAAUUGUAUGCUGCUACAUUUCAAAACACCGGUACCAUGUUCUUUGCGGGUGACGGUUCUGUGGGUAUUCCUGUCAUGUCUGUGUUGGCCUCCGAUUGGGAUAAUGAGGGUUUGAUUGUAUUCUCAUUAACCACCAGAUCUACCGGUGAAGUGCUUUUGGGUAGUGCCACUGAUUCGGCACUUUCUAGUAUUACAAACGAUGGUACCAUCUGUUUAAUCAACCAAGUGUACCAUCAAUCCACUGGUAUUGAUGGAAGUGGUUGUUUUGAUAUUGGUGCGGAUUCGAGCGUUUGGUUGCAACAAUCGAUCUUGGGCCUGUACGGUGUCGACACAGAUCAAAUUUUCUAUUUAAGUGCACAAGACUCAUCCAUACGUGCUGAAUCGUUUUCAUCCACUCAAACAUUCACAGUUGCUGGAUUUUAUGGAACUAAUAUCAUUGGUAUUUCCUCCACAAUCUACAGUAUUUCUUACUCAGGGGAUACUUUGAGAAUAAAUGGAGGAACCCUCCUUAUUCCUCAAUACACCGACUUUGUUAUUGGUACCGGUUACGAUUCAGAUCUUUUUGAACUCGUAACUAGCAAUUUUGGCGAAGUUAGUUUGCUGUUCUCGAGCAAUGCUGUGCAAUAUACUGGUGAUCUUCCAUCCGGAUCUACAAGUUCUUCUUCGUGUUUGGCCUGCCAGUCAUUGCCUGAAGUUCCAG